AUGAAGACAGAGACCGGCCCGCGCGUUGCCAUUGUCGGCGUCUCCGGCGCCGUCGGGAUGGAAUUCCUCAAGGUGCUCAAGCAGAGGGACUUCCCCUACCGCGGCAUGAAGAUGCUCGCCUCCAAGCGCUCCGCCGGCAAGGAGGUGAAGUUCGAUGGCGACACGUACGUGAUCGAGGAGCUCACGGAGGCGUCGUUCGACGACGUGGACAUCGCUCUGUUCUCCGCCGGUGGCUCGAUCUCCAAGAAGUUCGGCCCCCUCGCUGCGGAGAAGGGCGUCGUCGUCGUGGACAACAGCUCGGCUUUCAGGAUGACCGAGGGCGUCCCGCUGGUGAUCCCCGAGAUCAACCCGGACCACAUGGCCCACAUCAAGCUCGGCUCGGGCAAGGGCGCCAUCAUCGCCAACCCCAACUGCUCCACCAUCAUCGCCCUCAUGGCCGUCACGCCCCUCCACCGGCACAAGGCUGUGAAGCGCAUGGUCGCGUCGACGUACCAGGCGGCGUCGGGCGCGGGCCAGGCCGCGAUGGAGGAGCUGGUGCAGCAGACGCGCGAGGUGCUCGACGGCAAGCCCGUGACGCAGGAGAUCUUCCCGUUCCAGUACGCGUUCAACUGCUUCUCGCACAACUCGCCGCUGGACGUCGAGCUCGGGUACAACGAGGAGGAGAUGAAGCUGACCAAGGAGACGGCCAAGAUUUGGGCAGAUGACAAGCCGCGCAUUUCGGGGAUGUGCAUCCGCGUGCCCGUGAUGCGCGCGCACGCCGAGUCGAUCAACCUCGAGUUCUACGAGGACUUCGACUGGCAGGAGGCCAAGGACGUCCUCUCCAAGGCCCCGGGCAUCAAGGUGCUGGACGACCGCGCGAACAACCGGUUCCCGAUGCCCCUGGACGCCACGGGCGGCGACGAGGUCUGGGUCGGGCGCAUCCGCCAGGACAUCUCGCAAGAGGGCAAGCGCGGCCUCGACAUCUUCAUCGCCGGCGACCAGAUCCGCAAGGGCGCCGCGCUCAACGCCGUGCAGGUCGCCGAGCUGCUCGUGAAGUAA